CAUCCUCCUCUCCAAUCACUCACACCCUGCCAUUCGAGCUCACUCAGGCCUGUCCAGCCGGCCAUUGUGCUCUCCUCUUUCUUCUCCUCCUCAGAAAGGCUGCCCCAGGUGAGCUGAGCUCAGGCCGAGAUGUCCACAAAUCCAGGCAGGGUCAAGAAGGACGAGGGCUUCCUCGGGAAGCUCGGAGGCACGCUGGCUCGAAAGAAGAGGUCAAAAGAAGUGAGUGACCUUCAUGAAGAGGGUAAGAAUGCCAUCAACGCUCCACUCCUCCCCUCCAGUGCUGACCUGCUCCCAGAGGACAUGCUGCUAGAGGAGAACGCUGAGAGGAGCAUGUUGGAUCCCACAUCUAGAGAGGAUCCCAAAUUUAAAGACUUACAGAAGGUUCUCAUCGACUGGAUCAAUAAUGAGCUAGAGGAAGAGAGGAUCAUUGUUAAAGAUCUAGAGGAGGAUCUAUAUGAUGGACAGGUUCUUCAGAAGCUGUUUGAGAAGCUGUCAGGCCGUAAGCUGAAUGUAGCAGAGGUGACUCAGUCUGAGAUCGGUCAGAAACAGAAGCUGCAGACUGUACUGGAAGCAGUAAAUGAACUGCUCAGGCCUCAGGGCUGGACAAUAGAGUGGGCAGUUGACUCCAUCCACUCUAAGAACCUGGUAGCCAUCGUGUAUCUGCUGGUGGCUCUGGCCAUGCACUACAUGGCCCCCAUCAGACUGCCUGAACACGUCUCUGUGCAGGUGGUGGUGGUUAAGAAAAAGGAAGGAAUCUUACAGACCGCUCAGGUGACCAAAGAACUCACAACCACGACAGAGAUGAUGAUGGGAAGAUUUGAGAGGGAUGCCUUUGACACCUUAUUGGACCAUGCACCAGACAAGCUUAACGUGGUCAAGACGUCCCUGAUCACGUUUGUAAAUAAACAUCUGAACAAGCUGAACCUGGAGGUGACUGAACUGGAGUCACAGUUUGCAGAUGGUGUAUAUUUGGUUUUGCUGAUGGGUCUGUUGGAGGACUAUUUUGUGCCAUUGUAUAACUUUUACCUCACGCCAGAAAGCUUUGAACAGAAGGUACAUAAUGUAGCAUUUGCUUUUGAGUUGAUGCAGGAUGGAGGACUGAAGAAACCCAAAGCUCGACCAGAAGAUGUUGUGAAUUUAAACCUGAAGUCGACUCUGAGGGUCCUCUAUAACCUCUUCACCAACUACAAAAGUGCCGACUGAAGGAAGAAAGAGAGGUUCUCAGCGACUGAACCCUUGCCUUGUGCCUCUCUGAUGCCGCACACACCACUUAUAUUUAAGAACGCAGUCUUUUAUGUCAUCUGUCUGUUUUGGAAAUUUGAACGCUGUUGUCCCAAAAGGACGUCACUGCAGAAGCUCAAAGGUAGCUCAAAUACUGUAUUGUACAUAACCCACACAAACAAGGCCCACUGCUGUUUACAAUGCUAGUAACUGCUUCACUCUGAAUGUUUUAUGACCUGUAUGCUUUGUGUGUUGUAUGAGAGAUAUUAUAUCUUUAUUAUCACAAUAAUAACGCUGAACGUUUUUAUAGCCUAUUGUUUUUAUAUCAAAUUGAAUUACUUGUUCGGUAUUUAUUUCUCUCAACUACAAAUCUCAAUUCCAAAAAAGUUGGUAUGUGUGUUAUAGCAAGUGAAAUGCUAAUAAAAACAGGAAUCAGUGAUUUGUAAUCCACUUUGACCUGGAUUUAAAUGAAAACAGUACAAAGACAAGAUAUUUAAUGUCUUCAACGUGUUACAAAAAAGGGUUAAGGGCAAUUUUAGACUAGGAAGGUUGUUAAGUGUUUAAAAAAAAUCUUAAACAGGUGAUGCAUUUGUAAUCCAACAGUUUAAGAACAGUGUUCCUCAAUGAGAAACUGCAAGAAUCUUAGAUAUUUCACCUUCUACCAUGUGUAAUUUCAUCCAAAGAAAACCACAACUGAAUGGCCAUGCAGUUAAAAACCUUUAUGUGUCUGUGACAGAUAUCACCACAUGGGCUCAGGAAUACUUUGAUAAACUGUUGUUAAUAAAUACUGUCACAGGAUCUGCAAAUGCAAGUUAAGAAGCAGGGGCAGUAUGUCAACAGUGUCCAGAUAUGCUGCUGAUAUGCUGCUGACCAUUCUGGGCUCAAGCUCAUCUGAAACGUACAGAUGCAUAGUGAUAACCUGUGUUGUGGUCUGACGAGUCAACAUUUUGAGAUUGUUUAUGGAAAUAAUGGAUGUCGUUCUCCAGGCAAGUGAAGAAGAAAAGGACCAGAUUGUUACCAGCGUAAAGUUCAAAAGCCAGGGUCUUUUGUGGUAUUAGUGUCCUUGACAUGAGAAACUUGUGCAUCCGUGAAAGCUUCAUUAACGCUUAAAGAUAACAUAUGCUGCCUUUUAGAUGAUGUCUUUUUCAAGGAUAUCCAUGCUUAUUUCAGCAUGACAACACCAAGCCACAUUUUGCAUGUUACAGGGGCAUGGCUUAUCAGAGAGUGUGGGUGCUUGACUGGCCUGCCUGCAGUCCAGACCUGCCUCCUGUUGAAAACGUGCCACAUAAUGAAGUACAAAAUAUGACAUGAAAGACCUUGUAUGGUUGUGCAGCUGAAGAUUGUAUAAUGGAAGACAGCCACUGUCACACUGGACCAGUUGGUGUCUUCUGUCCCCAAAUGGUUAUUAAGAGUUGUUAAAAAGAAAGGUGAUGCAACACACUUGUAAACAUGCUCCUGUCCCAACUUAUUUGGAACAUGUUGCAGGCAUCAAAUUUGGAAUUAGUAUGAGGAAAAGGUUGAUAUGGUAAAACAUCAAAUCAUAUUUUUCUAGCGUUUGAAUUUAAUACAGCCCUGACAGAAUUGACAAAUUACUACUUUCUGUUUUUUAUUAGCAUUUCACAUACUGUCCCAGAACUAAAGUUUUUAGAACAAAAGUUUUUGAAAUACAGGUCAACCUCAUAAGGUUCACCUGAGAAUUUUCAAAAGCUUAAGGAGUGUGUUGUCUUUGGUGCAGAACACUAUAAGUGAAAAUAGCAUUCUGAUCAUUCUUUUAUCAGUGCUUAUCAGCAGGAGCAGUUAGAAGUCUGAUCACCCUUGGUUUUUGUCCUUUUAUGACCACAAAAAAGGAUUCUUGCCAUUUUUCUUUCAGGUCAUAAUAUGAGCUAAUACAGCCACGUUUUGUAUUCUAUCCAUAUUUACAUAUACAUUUUUAUAUUCCAUGCACAUAUGCAUUAAUAAUUCACUUCAGUGUGUGGGGUCUGCCUGGAGAAACUUCAUUGGAGAGUUUGCUCACAUCCAUUACAUUUAUAGGCUCAUUUUAGUCAUAAUGUGUCAGUCAGAGAGAGAGAUUAAUUAUUUAAUCCAGUCUUGUAUUUUUAGAGACGUUACAUCCUCAUCACAUUCCUUUCUGUGAUAUAAUGCUUAACUAAAUCACUAUAAAUGGGCUAAACAUUCAGCUUAAUUUAGUUUUGUGAUGCAGGAGUUUGGCUGGAAACCUUGCUGCUUCUCGGUUAAGGUGAACACUGCAGUU